AAGGCAGCGAAACGCUUGUAUGGCAUAGGCGUGAAUAACGAGUGGCACGUGGUGGGAAAGCAGUUUUCCGUAAUUCCUCCAAAUUCAACAGGCGUAUUUGAGGUGAUUCUAUGUUAUGCUUUACAUUAUCAGUAGAAGAACUAGUUUCGUUAAGGUUACGGAAUUCCACAGAUAUUCCCAGCCCGUGCACCCGCGGGCACGCCAUUGAAAAUAAAUCUUGAUGAGCCAUCUAGAAGAAUUACAUUUCAAAGGAUUCAGCCCACUUCGUACACCAGAUGUCCUCAAGUUUGUGAAACAAAAGCACAAGAAAAAGCACAAGGAACAUGUUGGUAAAAAUAUACAGCAUGAAAUAUCAGACAGCGAGACUGAGAUAACUAAAGACAUCUUAAAGCUGGCAUCUAAAGUGUCCGGGAAAUUGUCGGAGAACAGAAAAGACAAAUUUGCAUUCCGGAGUUCUGACCUUCCCGUUGAUAUUGAUAUUACUCCUGAAAGAAAGAAGCGUCUCGAUGCCAGACUGCACGGUGAAAAUCACGAAGGUGUUUCUGUGGAAACAAGCUCCCAGCUGAAUAAUAGUCAAUCUGAGACACAGUCAGUCAGAAUGCAACAGAAAUCACCGAAGAAACAUAGAAAAAGUAAAUCUCAUACAAUGAGUGACAAUGAAGAUGGUGAUGUUCAGAAGGUGUCAGAUGAUGGAGCUGAGGAGGAGGAAGUAUGUGGAUCACCGAGUAUUUUAUCAGGAAUGGACAACACCCUGAAUAAGAGUUCAUCAAGGAAAAAACAUAAAUCUCAUAAAAAGCACAAGAAAAGGAAACAUAACGACGAUAGUAGAAAUAUAAGUGAAUCGUUAACAGAACAAGGUGAUCAUGAUAAGUCUGAUGUGAUUGAUAGUUCACCAGAGAAACCAAUCAAAGUGAAAUUGUUUGACAAAUCCUCUCCACAGGAAAUGGUAGAUGAGUCGCCCCUGAAACAGUUAGGCAGGUCACCCCAAAAACAAUUAGACAAGUCGCCUCGAAAACAGUCAGACAAGUCGCCUCGAAAACAGUCAGACAAGUCGCCCCCCAAAAAAGUAGAAGUGUCUCCCAAAAAACAAAUAGACAGGUCGCCCAAGCAAAAGGAGACGCCUGGGAUGACAAGAUAUCAAAAUGGCAAUCAAAGUAUUGUUUCUGACAGUGAAGAGACUGAAUCUAGUGAUAAUUUGGUGACAAAUCAAUUGUUGAAGUAUAAAGUGCCAGAGAAUUUUAACAGCAGCAGCCAAACCACAAAGUCACUACUUAGUACAGAGGUUGUCCAGGGGAGCGAACUCUGGUUGAUCAAGGCUCCUAGUGAUUUUGAUGUGAGAAGGCUGAGUGGACAAGAAAUAUCAUUGGACAAGAUAAGUCAUCUCCAGACUAAGGAUGUUGUCAUGGACACAUUUCCAGUGCCAGGGGACAUCAGUGGAGUUUCCUACUGUCCUAUAUUACCCAGUAAAAAGUCCGGGAGGAUGUCCGUAGGUACAAAAUUCUGUGGUCAACUUCAUGUCACGACUAGUGUGGAUGUGCCUUCCCUACCCAAAGUAAAAGUCCCACCACCGCGACACAUCGCCACCCCAGACAAUCUGAAACCGCGAUAUAUACCCUUUGGAGCUAAUAUCUUGGUUAACAGCCAUUCAAAAACACAAGUGAAGCAUAAAAAGGCAAAGAAACGCAGGCAUUCUGUUGAUGAAACAGAUGAUGUUCCAGUACAACACAAGAAGAAAAAGAAGAAGCAUAAGCAUUAGGAAUAAAUGCAUUUCAUUUUUGUUUGAGAUGUUGAAGCAAUACUUGCUGAAGUGAAUAUGGAGUAAUAUAAUUGAUGGUACUCUAGGUGUUGUGUAGGGUGGAAUGUCUGACAAUGAUGGAUAAGUGUACAAAAUAAAACUAUGUACAGAA